AUGAAGAGGAGAAGAAGGGUUCCUGUUGAAGAAACCCCCUCUGUUUCACAGAAGAAGGCCAAAUCCACUCCUGCCACCUACACAUCAAGGCAAGUGGAUAUGAAGAGCAAGGGAAAACACAAGGUUGUGGAGUCUUCUGACAAGAAGGUGAAGAAGACUGCUGAGAAGAAGAAAAAGAUUCCAAGGGUUGAUCUGGAAUCUGAGUCUGAUAUUGAAGCCGAUGUCCAGGACAUCCUGACUUCUGAGAAGAAUAAAUUUCUGUGGAAGUAUGUUUGCAAGCGUCGAAUUGCAAAGGAAAGGGGGAUUGGCAUUGAUGUGCUUGAGUGUAAGGAAAUUGUUGCUCUUAUUGAGAGGGCUGGUCUGAGGAAGACAGUUCUGGAUAUUGGGAAGUGUUAUGGGAGGCUAGUGAAGGAGUUCCUAGUCAAUUUGUCUGAUGAUGUUGGUAUUCCUGGAAGUGCUGAGUUCAGGAAAGUGUAUGUGUGUGGAAGAUGUGUAACCUUCUCCCCUGCUGUGAUCAACCAAGCACUUGGAAGGAGUGCUGUGGAAUUUGUAAAGGAGAGCUGUCUUUGGACUCUGAUUGGAGUGGUGAAUUGGAUUCCCUCUCACCAUACUUCUACUAUCUCUGCCAUUCUGGCCAAACUAAUCUACAGAAUUGGGACUGAGAUCCCCUUUCAUUUUGGUUCACUGGUGUUUGCUCAAACCUUGAAGCAUGCAGAGACUUGUGAUGUGAAGCUGCCCAUUUCAUUCCCCUCUCUCCUAACUGCCAUCAUCCUGAAGCAGCAUCCUGAUAUUCUCAGAAUGGAUGAUGUGGCUGUAUCCAAGGGUGCCUCAAUCCCCUUGGAUCAUCGUUUGUUCCUGGACCCUCAUGUCCUAGACAUUGAUAUGCCAUCCCGCAAGACAUCCAUUCCUGUUUUAGUGUCUGCCUCUGAAACUGUUGGUCAAUCUGCAAGUUCAAUGCUUUAG